UUUUGAGUUUUUACAGGGGUGAACGUGUAUGGAAGGCGGUAUCGCUUAUCCCUUAGCAAGAGUCACUUGUGGCAAAAAAGGAAUAGAAUGAGCCAGGGAGACUCAAACCCAGCAGCAGUUCCACAUGCAGCUGAAGAUAUUCAAGGAGAUGACAGGUGGAUGUCACAGCACAACAGGUUUGUCUUGGACUGCAAGGACAAGGAGCCCGACGUGCUGUUUGUGGGGGAUUCCAUGGUGCAGUUGCUACAGCAGUAUGAGAUAUGGCGAGAGCUCUUUUCACCCCUUCAUGCGUUGAAUUUCGGGAUUGGUGGGGACACAACAGCGCAUGUUCUCUGGAGACUGAAGAACGGUGAACUGGAGAACAUUAAACCGAAGGUCAUUGUUGUCUGGGUUGGAACAAACAACCAUGAAAAUACGGCAGAGGAAGUAGCAGGUGGAAUCGAGGCCAUCGUGCGGCUCAUAAAUACCCAGCAGCCACAGGCCAAAGUUAUUGUAUUGAGCUUGCUACCUCGAGGCGAGAAGCCAAACCCUCUGCGGCAGAAGAAUGCCAAGGUGAACCAGCUGCUAAAGGUCUCGCUCCCAAAACUUGCCAGUGUCCAGCUCCUGGAUGUCAGCGGGGGCUUCGUGCAUUCGGAUGGUGCCAUCUCCUGCCAUGACAUGUUUGAUUUUCUGCACCUGACAGGAGGGGGCUAUGCAAAGAUCUGCAAACCCCUCCAUGAACUGAUCAUGCAGCUGCUGGAGGAGACCCCUGAGGAGAAGCAAGCUGCUCUGGCCUGAUAAGCUAAAAUCAGUGUUCAACGUCAUCCCAGCCUCAUCAGAUCAGUUCUGUCACUGGCACUACAGAAUCCUUCUUUCUUAAAGCACUUUCCAUUGUAGAAUGUUACUGGAUGUUCGUAUCUAGUGUUUUGAGGGGGAGGGCUAACGUCGAACUGGUCUUGUCCACAGAAGGGCAGAGCUGACUGGUGUCACUGCAGGAAGAAAUUAGCUAAAGAAGAUUUUUACUUGUAAACCAUUCCUCAUUUCAAAUGAGAACAAGACUAUCACCUGUGUGCCCCUCGCGUACGUUAGUGUUCUAUGGUGCCCUUAGACCCACCCUGUCAUGCUGACUCGAGCAACCCGUAUGCAGCUCUUGGUUUAGCUUGCCUCUUUCCUAGGCAUUAGGCUUCAUGUAUUAGCUUGUGAACCAGACUUGCAUUCCACUCAAGAGAAACAAAACAGGUGCAUUUUAAAAAAAAAAAAAAGUUCCCACCGUUAGAAAUUUUAUUUACUAAGGUUUUUUUAAGAGACACUUGUUGCUUUCUGGCACUCUGUUUUUGAAGCAGCAUGAAACUAAAUAACUGGAAUUCAGAAAUGUCAAAAACCAAAGUGUUAGUUGAGCUGAACUCAUUUAACACUCCCAAAAUAUUAUUCAUGUGAUUGUUUUACGAAGUCUGUUAGCUGUGACAAACCUCAUUGCGUUGUUGCUUGGCUGUGGGCAGUUUCAUUUGGGUGCUGUUGCAUAUCAUGUCUCCUAUAGAACCUGUUCUUUGGUUUUGUUUGUGUACAGUAUUGACAGCUUUUAACAGUUUUUUGGUUUAGGAGCUUAGUUUUCCAGCGAAUGUCAAACACAAGUCAGUCAGAGACGUAGAACUGACAUUUCAUCCCAUUGUGGGGGCUGUGCUUCAGGAUUCUGUGCAGUGCUGUUCACGUUCAUAGUUCUGAUUUUUUUUUAAGUAUGACUGUUACACCUAUUUUUUAAAAAAAAAAUCCAUACUUAGUCCCUCUUUGUGAAGCCUGAACCAAUCUAAUGCUUUACGAGUUCUAAGGUGUAUAUUUCUUUAUUGCUUCUGUUUUACUUACUUGUACAAACAUUUUAUUCAAGCAAAUAAGGCCUUUGGCAGUAAAGAAUUGAGUCAGUCUGUAGCCUUUUCCUCUUUCGGGCCCUACCCUUUCCCCUUCCAACAAAGGGAAUUAGUGUGGAGAGUUGCCUGUUCACAGGGACUCUGUCUUGCUAGAGCUUUUUAUAUGAGAGCUAAUUAUAAUCUGCCUAAUGGCUGUAUAAAACUCAUUCAUUGAAAGGUGAACAGGGAAAGCUUUUUUCUUAUCAAUAAGAAACUGUUUGGGACCCAGUGCAGAACCUUGCUACUUUAAAAAUAAAAAUACAUUAAACAAAGUUUGUUCUUCCUUGACUUACCUACCAUAAUUGGAGUUCAGCAGUGGUGUUAUCCCUUGUCAUGGCUCAUACCACCGCUCACUGAAAUACCACAACCAAUGCAGGCCUCUGCCCUGGUUGAAGGGUUUGGGAAGGCACCAGCCUUCAACUGUUAUGCUGCUUUUUGGCAGGUAAAUGAAAGAGGAACUGAUUUUUGUUUCAGAGGUUUACAGUGAUCUCCUAUUUUACAUUGGUGGCAUUUAGCUGCCUACUUUGGUUUUUCCAGCUCACUAUGAGAAGUAGCAUGCAUGUAGGGCAUGUCGCCUGUCUUGGCCCAUUCUGUUUCAGGCAAGCUUAAAUCUAGCAUUAAAGAGCACGUUCUUGUCCCCAUCAUGCUUCCCUGCUGCUAUAACAUUGGUUGUGGCGGGAUUUCUGCCUAGACUGCAUGCGGGGCCUGUGUGUACCUCCCGCACAAGUGAUGCACGCAGAUGUGCAGGACAGCCAAAGAAUCCUGCUUCCCAGAAGUAAAGGUUGGAGUCGGAUAGUGCUCUGCGGGAGAAGAGUAGCCGGGUGGGCUCUCCCUAGGCCAGUGGGUGCUCCAUUUUUCAGCAGCACCCUCCCCUCCCCUCCAAUCGUCUGUCAAAACAGCUCUUUGCUCUGCUGGGGCUGGGAAGGGAGGGUGAACAGACUUUGCCCCAAGGAGGGAAGGGGGAAGAUUGGGCAGGGUGGCAUGGGCAUGCCUGUAGGAAGAGUGGGAGGGGCAACAGGACUCUGCCAGGCGGAGGGCUGUAGGCUUGUGAAAAGUGACGUGUGACCCACGCACUAAAUGAGUCUCCAGGGCGGCCCCGCGCUGGUCAGACAGCCGCUUACUAGCAACGUAGCCCUCAGCGCUGCAGCGCGUUUGCUGCUGAGACCAGCUGUGAGCUGGGCCCUUUGAUGAGGGGCUGAUUGCGGAGGGGUGGUCCUGGCGUGUGGACAAGCCCUCUGGGCAGAGGGGAACCAGCUCAGUUGGCUGCCCGUGGUCCAGGUGGUCUUGCUGGGGCGCCAUGUUUACACACGGGUCAGCGUUCACCGCCCUUCUGGAAGUGACCAGUGUAACCACCCAUCCUUUGGCACGGGCAUCGGGAUCUUUCUCAUUGCACCAACAGUCGGGUUUGCUCCUCGGACUCACUGAGCCUUUGCAAUUUCAACUCCAGGGUGCUCUCCACCUCUGGGGGUCAGGCCCCGCAAGCCCCUGUCCAGGCAGCCCCUGACUAGCUGCCUCCCUUGUACCUGGCUGGUUGUGAAGAACUGAUCCUUUCUGAACUUCUAGUUUUUUAAAAUAAUCUAGUUACCGUUUACAGUUGUAUGCUGAAGCCUGGAAUCUUGUCUGUGCUGUGGUGUAUGAGCAUUGCCAAUUUGAUAUUUAUUGCAGUGAAGAGAAUGCAAAGGAAAAGGGGGGAGGAAGGCGAAAGUCCUUUUCUCUGAACUCGCAUGCGAGUGCAAGCAAGGGGGCUCCAAGUGCAGGGUGGGAGGCCUUGAGGCUGGACGCUUGCACAGUGUGUAAAAUCCAGUUACAGCCCUGCUUCCCGGUGACCUUCCUUCGGGGAAGCUGCUGGGAGCUGAUUGAACCUUCCCCAAGAAAAGCUGUGAUUCUGCUUUGGCAAAAUUGCAUUGACUGAUAGAACUCACUCUGUUUAGUGCAUAUUUCAAUAUAAAUGUAAAUGUUUCACCCCA